CGCUGAUUAGUGAUCCGCUCGUUCCGAUUCUGUUUUCUGAGCCCGUGGGGAACCGGCCUUAAAUAAAAUUUCGUAAGGUCGGCACACGAAUUUCAAAUAGCAGCUUUUUUGGCGUGUCCGCAUGACAUUUUUUUAAGUCGUGCUUAAGCGAGGUGAGAGAUUGACAAUCGAACGAUUUCGUUAGAAGGUCAUGAGAGUCAUUAAUUAUUACCUCUGUCUAUAAUUUAUUUACAUACGUCAUAUAUGAAAUAAUUUACAUGGCAAUUUACGCGCUACCGUUGCCCGAAAGUGUCUCUUAUCGCGGCGCUGCGAAGAAAACGCUUCAGUAUUAGGUUAGGUUUCAUCGCAUUCCUCCUAUCCGGGAUAGAACGGGAUAGAGCGAUAACGGAUGAUCGAGUCAUCUAAUUGCGUUUAAUCGUCGCGUCUAACUAAAAUGCUGUCAGUUGUUAAAAAUACCAUUGUGUUGCCUUAACGGAGCCCAUUGAUAUCGUAGUCAAAUCCUCAAGCGUUCAUCAUGUCAACGCCAAAAUUUCCUUUGACAGGAACACAUAUGUCAUCCAAGCCACAUGAAUUUGUCGUUCCAAAAAAGCGCGUCAAGACACAAAAUGAUUUGGCACUUUGGAAAAGAUCAGAAGCUUACUAUUAAUACUUUUUACAUAAAAUAUUGUUUACAGGAAUACUUGGGUUUAUUUUAGCCUUAAACGAUGCUGUUCAGGGACACGCUUUGGAUGCAGAAUGUCCACAGUCACCUGCAAUAGGCAGUGUUGUACAGAUGUUGAACAAAUUUGAUGCAUGGAUAACAGAAAUUCCACCUACUGAACAACCGCAGCGAUUUGGCAAUAAAUCGUUUCGCACAUGGCAUGAGAGACUGCAGCAGAAUGCUGCAGAGGAAUUGAAACAAGUGUUGCCAGAAGAUUUGCAUCGCGCAAUUCCAGAGAUAGUGGAGUAUUUAUAUGAAAGUUUUGGGAAUCCAACUCGUAUUGAUUAUGGAACAGGUCAUGAAAUGGCUUUUCUCAUGUUUCUCUGCUGCAUGUUCAAAAUAGGCGUGUUUGAAGAAAGUGAUAAGAUUGCUACUGUAAUAAAAGUAUUUAAUAGGUACCUAGAAUUGGCACGCAGACUUCAGUUGACGUAUCGCAUGGAGCCUGCAGGUAGUCAUGGCGUUUGGAGCUUGGAUGAUUAUCAAUUUGUGCCCUUUAUAUGGGGAAGUGCUCAGCUUACUGGACAUCCACGAAUAGAACCACGUCACUUUGUAGACCAAGGUAUCGUGGAAUCUUACAGCAAGAAGUAUAUGUUUCUUGGCUGCAUCGAAUUUAUUUUAAAGGUACGUAAAAUAGGACCAUUCGCCGAACAUUCAAAUCAGUUAUGGAAUGUUAGCGUAUCUUCGUGGUCGAAAGUGAACAGCGGUCUUGUCAAAAUGUAUCAAGUGGAGGUAUUGUCAAAAUUUCCUGUUAUCCAACAUGUUUUCUUUGGUUCUCUGCUACCAUUUACACCAAUGGUUCCAAAAUGUUCUGAACCGAUCAUCGUCCCAAAUUACAGAGGAGCCCCUGUUGAUGACAAUGACCCACCACCAGCAGUGCCGCAAUGAAAUUAUAUACAUAAUAAAUAUUGUUAUUGUGGACUACUUUACCACACUUUUCCCAGUAUUUAUUAUAAAAUUGUACAUUAUUACAGCCCUUCGCUCCCCUUUAUUCUUAAUACUUUUAUCGCUUUGAAUGCAUUUCUUUAGUUUGUAGAAUUUCAUGUUAUAAUCAUUAUGAAGAAGCAAUAUCUUUAUAUUUUGUUAGGACUGAUAUAAAUCAUAAUAUUUGAUGAUGUGAUCUGGAGUUAUUUAAAAAAAUUGGUAACGAUUUGUUAAGAAUGUUAUUUAAUGUGAUGAAAGCUUGUUUAGAAAAUUUAAUGUGCUCAAAAUGUUAUGAUUCUGUAAGCAUUAAUUUGCUCUUAAUAAAAAAAA